AUGGUUAUUCCGAGUCUGGCGCCCACACCAAAGUCACUUCUUGCGGGCUUUCCACGCGGAUUCGCGCUGCUGCUGGAGUCUCUCCCCGCCACGGUGAAGAAAAUGAGAAGAAGAGCAGCAGUGGUCCAUUCGUCCACUCGCGAGAUCAGUCUCACCGCGCGCGCUGGACGAAUUGGAGCCCCGCUCGUGAUGGGAAUCUGGCAAAUCGACGCUGUGACCAUGAAUUUGCGCGACGGAGUGUCGAGUGAGGAGUGCAAUAAUUCGCGGAGGAUCACAGACUUCAGCAUCUCCUCGAUCCUGGCCAGGGAUUCGCGCCGAACAACCUCUCGGCGGCCACUCAAUAAAGUCUUCGACAGUCCUUGGGCGUCUCAGGGCCCCGUUGUGUUCAAUCCCGCCGCGCGCGUGCAGAUCGUCGGGGAGUUUCAGUGCCAGUCCGCCACCUUUCAGCCGUGCACGCCCCCGAGAGCCACCAAAUACGCGUGCGAGGAGUGUGGCAAGGGCUUCUCGCAGCUCAGGAACUAUAAGUACCACAUCUCCAUUCACCGCGGCACGAAGGAGUUCGCCGCGCACUGCCCGGAGUGCGGCAAGAUGUUCAACGACAAGGGCUACCUCAGCAGCCACCUCAAGAUCCACCGCAACCGCAAGGAGUACGCCUGUCCGCACUGCCCCAAAUCCUUCAACCAGCGCGUCGCCUUCAACAUGCACGUGAGGAUCCACACGGGCAUCAAGCCGCACAAGUGCACCGAGUGCGGCAAGAGAUUCUCCCGCAAGAUGCUCCUCAAGCAACACUCGCGAACGCACAGCGGCGAGAAGCCCUACCAAUGCACCAUUUGCGGCAAGACGUUCGCCGAUCGCAGCAACAUGACGCUGCACCAGAGGCUCCACUCGGGCAUCAAGCCCUUCUCGUGCCCCAUCUGCCCCAAGGCCUUCACGAAGAAGCACCACCUCAAGACGCACCUCAACUACCACACCGGCUACAAGCCCUACCACUGCCCGCACGCCAACUGCGGCCAGUCCUUCACGCAGUCCAGCAACAUGCGCACGCACGCCAAGAAGUGCCAGUUCCAGCCGCCAAAGCCCUGAC